AUGUCGUUCCCUAAUAUUUGGCACCAUCGGAAGGUGGCUGACACUUCAGCCAAAGCCUGCGAUAUCUGCUUCAAGCCCAGUACCAGCGUGCUCAUUACCCCGGAGAACAAGGAUUUCUUCUACGUAUGCCCUGGUCACCUGAAAGAUAGGGGGUUCUGUUCUCCCAUCAUUGACCACGAGGCUAUUGCGGCAAGGAAGAAAAAGGAGAUGGAAGAAGAGCUCGAGAAGGUGAAGAAGGAGUACGAAGAGAGGCAGCGGAAGAAACAGGAGAAGAAAGAGGGCGAAAAGGGCGAGGGGAAGGAAAAGGGCAAGGACAACGAAGAGAAGAGAGAGGACGCCAAAAAGCCAGAAAAGAAAGACGAGCCAACCCCCGGCGACCAAGAUAAGGCGGAGGAGGAGCCACGAAUCUUUGCGUUGCAAAAGACAUUCUACCAGCAACGCCUAGAUAGGAAACGACAAGCGGAGAUGGCUAAGAGGAACCGGGAGCGUCUCAAUACUCCCAACUUCUUCCCAUCUGUUCCUAGAGACCUGCCUUGAGAAGCGGACAUACCCAUGCUCACGCAGGUUCGGCCUCAACUGGCUCUUAUCACGGACGGCUGUUCUCACCGGUCUCCUAUGGCUCGACCCCAGGCCACAGAGAAGGUUGCGGUAUCGCAUGGACGACGUGCGGGGACAAGCAUCCCUCGGAAAGCGUAUUGGGUGCUUUGUGUGGUAGCCCUCUUGGCUGGCAGAAUGGUAUCACUACUCACAACAGAUCGCCGACGAACCGCUUACGAUACAUGGCCGAAGUGCCCUACGGUUACAUAAUGUUCCCGAUCGAGAAGCGAAUCGACCUAUCAAGGUGGUGAGCCUGACGCACCGCUGCGUAUCUCGGGUUGGGAUAGUCCUACGGGGAUGCACCUACUGCUUCCUGCGGCCACACCCACAAAUGUAUCCCCGCUACAUAUGCAC